CGUCGACCAGGGUUCAUACCACUAAUCGUCUGCUACGGCCUCAAGUGCUUACUCUCAACCCUGUCAUGUAGUCUAUCACAUGGGCCUAACUGGCAAAAGGCCACGUUCCCCCCUGAAGGGGGCAUAGGCAUUGUAACCUUGUCCGGUGCGCCGGAAAAAAACCUACAUAACGGCGCACCUGCCCCUGCACCGCCGUUGGAAGAAGGUGCACACUUCGAAACUUUAGCUCUCACAGAUCUUCACAAUGGGCGACGCAGAGGCACUUCCCGAUUAUGUUCUUGACCCCAACGCCGUCCUGAAGGACAAGGACGCUGCCUGGAGAUAUGGCGCCCCUCCGGACUAUUCCAACACCCGUGCGGUGUACGAGCGGACCAAGAAACAAUCCCACGAGCCCGGCAGCCUGCCCAACCUGGUCGAGAACCUCGUCAAGAACUGGGAGAUCGAGGCCUCCUUCAAGACCUCGCUGGCGGACUGGCGCACGAUCGACCACGAGAAGUACCACGUCACGCUCAACGGCGGCCCCCCGCUGUCCGGCGAGUACAUGCUCAAAGUGGGCACCUACAACGCCCUGCUGACCCCGAGCGCGUACUACGACCCCGCCCACAACGACUUCGAGAUGAGCCACAAGAGCUUCAAGCGGAUGAUGCCGACCUUUGCCUGGGAGGUGACCGAGGUGUAUAGCGGCCCGCCCACUGUGGUCUUCAAGUGGAGACACUGGGGGGAGAUGGCGCGCGACUAUGUCGGGUUCAACGAGUGAGUGAGACACCGUGAAGUUCCUUCCGGGCAGCGGCUAACACUGGGCGAAUGUUAGCAAGGGAGAGAAGGUCCGGAUUGAGGCGCAUGGCGGCCCGAUCGAUAUUCAGGGGAUCAUCGUCGCCAAGGUCAACAAGGCCCUCCAGUUGGAGCAGAUCAACGUGUG